AUGUCAACCCCUAGCUCCAACCCCUUCGCCGACUCCUCCAACCCCGACCCCGGCCAGCUCCGCGCCGUCUCCAUCACCGACCAUGUCCCCGUCAAGCUGUCCACCACCGCCGCCAACUACCUCGCCUGGAAGACGUACUUCUACCUCCUCUUCCGCGAGUACAACCUGCGCGAUCACAUCGACAGCACCGCCGACCUCCUCGCCUGCGACGCCGACUGGCUGGCCAUCGACGCCACCAUCAUCCGCUGGCUCUUCCUCACCGUCUCGCCGGACAUCUUCAAGACCGUCGUUCGGGAAGGCGAUGAUGCCCGCACGGUGUGGGGAAAGAUCAACGGCCUCUUCACCAAUAACAAGCUCCAACGUGUUGUCUUUUUGCAGCAGGAAUUCUUCGGCACACCCCAGGGCGAUCAAACCUUGGACGCCUACUGCUUGCGCCUCAAGGCCAUCUCCGACGAGCUCCAGGACCUUGGGUUAUGGAUUGGCGAUGAGCUCCUCCUCUCCACCCUCACCGCCGGCCUCAACGAGGACCUCGGCAACACCGCCUCCAACCUCACCCUCAUGACCAACCCUACGUUCGAGCGGGCGGUCGACUACCUCCGGCUGGAGGAACGGCGGCUGAAGGGUGUGCGCACCCGGGCGGUUCACACCGCUCUCUGGGCCAGCGGCAACAACGUUCUUCCCCAUGGCGGAGGAGCUCCACCGGCACCCAUCCCCGCCCCUCCACAACCUGCGCCUCAGCCGCAACAACACCAAGGAGGAGGGGGCGGUGGCCGCGGCCGUCACCGUGGCUGUGGUGGUGGCCGUGGCGGUGGCAACAACGGCGGCCCCGACAUCGUCGGUCCGCGCCCUGGGUACUCACACCCCACUCCGUCGUGGGCGGGCGGACACAACCCCUGGACGGGGGUCGUGCACGCCUACACCAUGCCCGUUCCGCGCCCCCCGUUCCCGGCACCGUCGGCCCCCCGCCCACCGACGCACCGAGGCCUUCAUCGCCGCGCCACCGCAGGCUCCCGCCGGCCUGCCCUACGCUCCCGCCGGCCUGCGCUACGGCGGCAUGAUGCCCGCCGGCCCCGACGGCCCACCGGGACCCCACGCUGUACACCGCCCUUCGACACGCCCCCUCGCCGGGCGCUUACUGCAGCGGUGGCGACCGGUUCAUGGACACCGGAGCCUCCGCACACAUGGCUGCUCACCGGGUAA